AUGGAUAUUCUAGUUAAAUAUACUCUCUACAAUGUAGGGACAGCUCCCGCCGUAGAUGUAAAGCUUGUAGAUAAUGGCUUCCAUCCAGAGGUAUUUGCGGUUGUUGGUGGGCAGCUCACAGCACAUAUUGACAGGAUACCGCCACAAACUAAUGUGUCUCAUGUGGUCACUGUAAGAUCAAACAGAUUUGGCUACUUUAACUUCACUUCUGCAGAAGUUACAUACAAAUCUGGUGAAGACUCCUCGGAGGAAAAAUUCUCCAUCAGCAGUGCUCCAGGUGAGGGUGCUAUUGUUGCAUUCAAGGAUUAUGACCGAAAAUUCUCUUCUCACAUCCUGGACUGGACAGCAUUUGCCGUAAUGACACUGCCAUCACUCGCAAUUCCCUUUGGCCUCUGGUACUCUUCAAAAAGCAAAUAUGAAAAACUUGCUAAACCUAAGAAGACACAU